AUGGCCUUCAUCCAAGAUCGAGCUCCGUAUAUGGUGCCCACCUACGUUCGACCGGCCCCGAUGAUGGUGAAGGGACAAGGGUGUUAUCUGUGGGAUAUGGAGAACCGGCGAUACCUGGAUCUGACGGCAGGCAUUGCCGUUAACUCUCUCGGUCAUUGCGACCCUGAGAUUUCCAAGAUCAUUGCCGAGCAGGUGUGUAUUCGUCGCCCAACUGUCGACGCAAGGGAUAAUGUGAUCGCUAAUGGUGCGCCGAUCUAUAGGCCGAGACUCUGA